GCUAGGGGAGGAUCCAGGCGGACACGGGUAGCUGAAAGACCCUUCAGCAACAACAGUGAGGGUCCAUCCCAUCAGGAGAUGGACAUCCGUGUGGCAAAGAAUGUAAGUGCACAUGCAGGAGGCUCACCAAACAGUUAUGAGCUGCUGGUCUGGCUCAAUAAGACAUUAAAGACACACCUCUCCAAUCUGGAGCAGGUUUGCACUGGUGCAGCCUUUUGCCAGCUGAUGGACUGGUGUUUCCCUGGGUCCCUUGACCUCUCCAAAGUCCAUUUCCUAAGCAAAAACAAUGCAGAAUCUCUCAUCAAUUAUGAUCUACUCAGAGCAGCAUUCAAAAAAGUUGGAGUCACCAGAUACAUCCCCAUUGAAACCCUGGUGGAGAAGAACACUGUUGUUGCUCUGGCCUUUCUGCACUGGUUUAAGCAGUUCUUUGACAAGAACAGAACAGACAGACAGUACGAUCCUUUAGAGGCCAGAGGAGGACAGAUGAUGGCUCCUCCUGGCUCAGAGUGUCCGUCCUCCCUGAUGCCUCAACAGACACCAGAAAUGAGUGAGAAGAAAUCUCAAAAUUGUACAGCAGUGGAAGCACGGAACAAAGAAGAAGCACCAAGCAAAGAAAAACAGCCAGGCAAAGACAAAGCACCAAGCAAAGAAAAAACAUCAGGCAAAGAAGACGUAAAGGAGAAUUUGAACAAGAAUUUAGAUGUGAUUGUGUUGAUAUCAGAUGAGGAUGACAUUGUGGAUGUGACGACACUGCUGAAAACUGAGAAAAUGGACACGACUGAGAGUGAAAAAUGUGUACAGCCCAAGGAGAUGAAGGUGGUUGAGCAAGAAGGAGCCGCUGUUGUCAAUGGAAAUCAAGAGACUAGUUUUCUGAGCAGUGACACUUUGUCGUGCUUCAUCAGGAGAUUCUGUAGUGGCUCAAAUUCAAACACUAAUGCAAAUAAAGACUCUCACCCAUCCAUCCUAAGUCCAACACACCCAUCAGACAUCAUUCAAGCCUGCUCUCAGCUGCCGUACAGCCUUUACCUUUAUUCAAGGGUGGAGCUUAAUAAAGGACGGACCACAAGUGUUGUUCUGGUUGGCUACUUUGAUCAGCGCUUAGAGAUGAGAGUUGUGAGGCUGCUGCUGACUCUACAGAUGAGCGAUGACACCCCGGCAAGCACAUCUGAGUCUGGCACUGGCAGUGCAACCAGGGAUGGUGACGCACACCUUCUGCUUGAUACGCUAAAGAAAGCUGGCCUUCCUCUUUCCAACCUUGCCGUGUUUCACUGUAACAUUCCUAAUUCAAAACUGAGCCAGGAGUUUGUUUCUCAGCUCCAGACGGUCAACACUAAGUUUUUAUCACUCUGUGGCCUCCCUGGGAUGGCUGAAAGAGCCUGCAAUGCUGCACUUUUGGCUUCCUUUCAUCCUGUGGUUGACCUGGUUAAAGCUAUCCACCAGUACCACUCCACCUGCUCUCCUUCAAAUCCCAAUCUGAAACAUGUUUUUAAUGAUACAGGGUCUUUUGACCCAACAGAUUACACCUCAAUUAAGUGUUUACAUUUCAUCCGCUCCGUGCAGAGGAUGGUAGCUAACUGGAGGGCUUUAUUGGAUUACUUCAAGUCAGAGAGGCAAGCAGUCGAAGCUGACAAGAUCAGAGCCAAGCUCAUGGAGCAUAAAGUCAAGCUGCACUUUCUGUUCCUCUCAUGCGCGUUGGAGCCCCUUCGUGCUCUGCAGGCAUUGCAGCAACAAGGCACAGCAGACGUGGCUGUGCAGCUCCAGCUGGCUGCCAUAGUUGUUAACACCUUUGCAUCCAGUCUCCUUCAGCCCUCUGACAGACAGAGUUUUCUCAAGUGUCGAAACCUACAAUUUCUCCUCAAUGAAAGCAAACAGCUCCCCCCGUCAAAGCUUGACAUAGGCACAAGGGCCAGAGAAUUCCUUUGGGCCACUGCUGUAGUGGAUUUAGGAGAGGAGGAGAGGGCAGAGUUCCUGAGUAAUGCAGCGACUUUCUUCAGAGUAGCACUAGAGAGUUUAGUGAAGAGUAUUCCCCAGCAGCUUGGAGACAUGGAGCUAAGGAAUAUCAGCAUCAUACUGAAACACCCUGAAGAUCCAAAAAAUUCUAAAUUACAUGAGGACGUGUUGGCAGACAUUGGGUCUCAUUUGGGUUUGUGUGAGUAUGGGUCUGAAGAACAUCAACAGAUGAUAAAGGACUACUUCAGAGUGAUUAAGACGGCAGAGGAGAAGCAGAUGAACGGAGCCGGAAAAGCACAAGGCUGGCCAAAGAUGAUGCGCAGCAUUCAACAGUACUCCCUUCUGCACAGAUUCAUCCUUACUCUCCUGGCACUGCCAAGCUCUCUGCAGAGGAACAAAGUUUUUGCUGAUGUGCUCAGCCAUGAAAAAACUGUGAUCAAGGACACCCCUAAAUCUCAACCACGCAUUUUUUCAACGAGACCCCGCGUGCGCAGACAGAGACCUGGAUAUUCAAGUUAUGCAAGCAGGAAAAAAACUGAUCAACGUGAUGGAGAAACUUCAUCAGAGGGGGAGGAAAGACCUCAGAAUAAACCCAUCCUGGAGAUUCCUGUCAAAUGUAACAUCAAAGCAGAAGACUCAGAGUACACUGACAAUUCUUCUGAUGUGGUUGACAUCACAGAAGACUCCAAGUUAUGUCCCACCAGCAGACUGGGCCGGGAUUACGAUAUGGUUCAAGGCUCAGAAGACACCAAGACAUGUCCCAUCAAAAGACAGCCCAACACAGGAAAUAUGGUUGAUGUCAAAGACUCCAAAAAAUACCCCACCAAAAGAGCUGGUGAGGACAAAAGUCAGAUGACUCCGGUUGCAGAAACUGUGUAUAUUGUGAGUGACGAGGAUGACAAGUUGAUGACAACAAACAACUCGUCUGACCCAGAAGAUGUGGGACAGCUGGUCUGGUGCGUUGUGGAUGGAUUUUCUACCUGGCCAGCCAUUAUCAUAUCCUCAAAAGAGACUCUGCAACCAGGGAAGAGGAUGGUUUGGUGGUAUGGACAAAUCAUGUCCACUCAGGUCAGUGAAAAGGAUCUGAAACCAUUUGCUGCUUUUGGCAAGCACUUCUGCUCCAACUCCUUUGCUGUCUUCGUCACUUAUAGAGAGGCCAUCUUUGUUUCCCUGCAGGAGGCAGCUAUGCGCUGUAAGAAACAGUUCUCUGCAGAUCUUACGGACAAAGAAGAGCAGCUGAAACAGAUGUUGGACUGGGCAUUUGGAGGAUUUCUGCCAACAGGGCCUGAUGGAUUCAAACCAACAGGGGCCACUAAUGGUAUUAUGAAAAAAAUCAAUCAAAGACCAAAGGUUAAGAAGAAGCUCUUCCUGAAAGCAGACACUUCUGAUCACUCCACAAACUCCUCCCCAAUGAGCAGCAGGAACAGCAUCACUGAGCCCAAAGACAGAAGCGACUCAUUCUACAAAUGUGGAGGGAGUAAAACUGCAGAAGAAGACUUUGAUUUUCCAGGACAAGGCUCUAAAGGAGUCAUGAAGGAGAAGAAAUCCAAAGGAGGAUUAUUGGCAGGACGGAGUGGCUGGAGGGGAGGGAAGGUUCAACAGAAGAAAAACAGCCCAUUUCAUGGAUUCGAUAACGACAUGUCACCAGACUUUGUACCGUACAAGAAGAGGACUCUCAUCAAAACCUACUACAAGGAUCAGAAGACGACUAGCGUUUACACCCAGCCGGAUCAGAAACUGAGAGAGGAGAUCAUUAAUAAAAUCAUGAAAAUGAACCUGGACAUUGAGGGCUACUGUUUGUGUUGUGCAACUCUAGAAGUUGAGAUAUUCCACCCGCUGUUUAAAGGCAGCCUGUGCACCAAGUGUAAAGAUAACUUAACAGAAACUCUGUAUCGAUAUGAUGAAGAUGGAUACCAGUCCUACUGUACCAUCUGCUGCUAUGGACUGGAGGUCAUACUGUGUGGGAACAACAGCUGCAGCAGGUCUUACUGCACAGACUGUCUGAACAUCCUGGUUGGGCCCGGAACAUCUGACACCCUGAAGGAGAAGGACCCGUGGAUCUGCUUCUUGUGUCAGCCUCACAAACCUCAUGGUGCUCUUAUCCCCAGAGAGGACUGGAGUAUCCGUGUGCAGGAGUUAUUUGCCAACAACAGCGCCAUGGAGUUUGAGCCGCAUCGUGUUUACCCAUCAAUCCCUGCCGACCUGCGCAGACCCCUUCGAGUUCUCUCGCUGUUUGAUGGCAUAGCGACAGGCUACUGUGUGUUAAAAGAGCUUGGCUUCAAAGUGGAGAAAUAUGUAGCCUCAGAGAUCUGUGAGGAUUCACUAUUGGUUGCGGAGGCCAACCAUGGCAGGAAAAUUUUUCAUGUUGGUGACGCUCGGUCCAUCACAGAGAAACAACUCCAGCAGUGGGGUCCUUUUGAUUUACUGAUUGGGGGAAGCCCCUGCAAUGAUCUCUCCAUCGUCAAUCCAAACAGAAAAGGCCUCUUUGAGGGCACUGGCAGGCUUUUCUUUGAUUACUACCGCAUCCUUCAGCUGCUGAAGCCCAAAGAGGAAGACCCAAGGCCCUUCUUCUGGCUGUUUGAGAAUGUGGUCUUCAUGAACAAAAUUGACAAAGUCAACAUCUGCCGCUUCCUUGAGUGUAACCCAGUGCUGGUGGAUGCAGUGAAUGUCAGCCCUGCCCACAGAGCUCGAUGCUUCUGGGGAAACAUCCCAGGGAUGAGCAGGCCUAUCAUAGCAUCACAAAAUGACAAGCUGACUCUGCAGGAGUGUUUGGAGAAUGGCAGAGAGGCCAGGGUGGAUAAAGUGAGGACGAUCACCACCAACAGAAACUCUCUGAAGCAGGGCGAGUGUCUGCUGCCUGUCCUUCAUAACGGCAGGGAGGACAUCCUGUGGAUCACAGAGCUAGAAAAAAUCUUCGGUUUCCCCAAGCAUUACACAGACGUGAAGGACAUGAACCGGCAGCAGAGGCAGAAGCUGCUGGGGAAGGCGUGGAGUGUGCCCGUCAUCCGUCACCUCCUUGCUCCUCUAAAGGAUUAUUUUGCCUGUGAGGAGCUGCUACCUAUGACCACCUCUGUCAGCUUCAACUCGUCUACCUCCCCGUCGUCUCCUGCCUCCCCUGAUCUGCAGCAGCUGAGAUAAAGGAGGUUACAUUUGUGGAGUGUUUGCCUGAAUGUGUAUGUGUGGGAGUCUUUCCCACAUUACAAGCUUUCUAAACUUUGUUUAUUUUUAGCUCACAGAAGAGCUUUUGUCAGUCCCAGCCUUUUCUAUUUGCUCACUAUGCACUUGAGUCUUAUGCAUUUAACUUAAAAUCAGGUAUGCAAGACCCAGUUUUAAAAGCAAUGCUUUUUUCUAUCUAAUAAUCAGGAGUGCUAGUUGCACUGGUAUGUUGGCAGCAGUCUGAUUUGUGUAGUCAGAUCAAACUGUCUUUCCACUUCAUUCAUCUAAGUCUACAACAUGCAGGUCCCAUGCUGCUGAGACGCUCUUUUAGUAUCAUCUGUUUUUGCCUACUCGCUGUAGUUUGGUAGUUGAGCUCUCAGCCUGCAGUGAUUGUUGUGAGACACUCAAAGAUCGCUGCCCUCCUCUGCUUGUAACUUAUCUUUAACCUAAGGAAUGUUUUCAGCCAAUCCAGUACUCCACAAGCUUUAUAAAUGCAACUUCAUACACCAUCUUUCCUUAAAUGCAAGAUUAUGUCGUACUUUAUGAGCAUUGGAGCUUGUUGAUGGAUAAAACUCAUGCUGAGGCAAGUCAAAAGGAGUGCAAAAACGUCUUCUCUGUGGCUCUUUGCUCUUGCUUUAGUAAAGAAAUGUGGCAUAAUUCUGUUACAACUGCCACUAUACAAAAGCUACAUACUAACUAAUUACUACACUGGCAGCAGCCAUUGUGUAUGCAGGCUUUCUGUACAACUAAACCCCGCCUGUAGCUCCUACCUUAUUCUCCUCAAAUCACACUGAUUGUGUUAGUUCUGUUCUCAGACUGGCACAGUUGUUUCAGAUUUGAGCUUUGCAAAAUUGAUCUGCCUGAUUACAGACAUGGAAUCUGGCAGAUCCAUCUGCUUUGCAAGGCUUCUGUCACUGUCCAGUCAGAAAAACAAUAAUUUUUACGCUUUUACUUCACACGAAUACUGAUUAACUCUUUUACGGCCUGUGCUUGUUUUUUCUGACAUCCUUCAGAUUUUUAACAAUCUUGCAUUUCAGAAAAUGAAUUAGGCUGUGGCAGAUAGACAUUUUUGUACUUUAUUUUCAAAUAUAGGCUUGAAAAGUGUGAAUCAUGUUGAAUCAAAUGCUCUCAUUGCUUUAUAUUGCUGUGUGAAUCAUGUUUUUGUUUUUAGCAUACAUUUUCAUUUGAUUAAUGUAGUUAGAAAAAGAACUUUCUCUUUCAGAUGCCAAAACCAGCUGAAUUAUCAGUUUUUCUGUAUUUCAUGGGGACAAAUUGUAGCUACAGAUUUUUAAAUUUUAUAUACAUUCUAUUUCUGUUCUGUCUCUGAAACCAUUCAAACAUAUUUAGUUUGCUGUUUAUAAUGUGUAUAUAUUAGGAUGCAUUGAAUUGUAUAUUGUUUGUGCAACACUGGUGCUGUCAGGCCCGUGCAUGUGUGUCUUUUUUAAUGUACAGAUGUUUGUGGCAUGGAUACAGGUGUUUGGGCACAGACAUUUUUGACAAGAAAACUGUGAUGGGAACUGACCUUGUUUUUUGGUGUAAUGGUGUAAGAACAAAAGCCAUACUGAAUUACAUAAUAACCACCUUUGUCAUGUUUAAUUGGGGGAAAAAAUAGUGUCCUUCUGCAGCAUGGAGGAUUUAAUCCAAAAAUUGUUGGUUUUUAAAAGAAAUGUUGAAAGCUAUUUUUUUUAGCAAUAAGAGGACUGAAAAUCUGAUAUGAUUGCUCACGAUGCUGCCACUUUUACGCAACCGUUUGGCUGUAACUGACAGCUUUGUUCAUGAGGACAAUGAACUAUUUUUCUUGGCUUGUUUUUUGCAAACUCUGUAAAGGGUUUUUGAGGAUAAAUCCUGACAACUGGCACAGUUUGCCGAUUUGAAUAUUUUGUGGAGUAAUAUUGCAAAGCAUCAGGUGUACCAACGGAGAAUUGUUUUACUAAUGCGAGUUUAUUCUGGUGUUUGAAAUAUGGCUGUACAGUAUAUUUGCACAUUGACACCAAGGGAAUGUACUCAGUGGUAUCAAUAACAAGAGAUUAAUCUGUUAUCAUGGUGGGGGUCAUUUACUGCUUUUAUAGAGGGAAUUUUAGUUAUUUUUUCACAUGUAGAUAUAAGAGAGGCUGUUUUUCUAUGUCUGAGUAAUUUUAUCAGCUGUCUUUGCAAAUUUG